GAAAAAGAAGGCUCGCAAGAAGAAAAAGAAGUCAAAAGUUAGUUCUACUGAAUCAUCAUCAUCUGAGUCAGAUUCUGAUGAGCCCGUUGAAUUGAAAGAAAUUUGGAUGGAGAAGACCAAGAAACCUAGCCAGUUAACUGCAGAAGACAUGGAUGUUGUGGGGCCAACACCUUAUGUGGAAACCAAUACUCUGACAGAGAGAGAUUUUGGGCGUGCCUUGUUGCCUGGUGAGGGUGCGGCUAUGGCGGCCUACAUCGCUGAGGGAAAGAGAAUUCCUCGUCGUGGUGAAAUUGGUCUAACCUCAGACGAGAUUGAAUCCUUCGAACAUGUUGGCUAUGUGAUGAGCGGCAGCAGACAUCGUCGAAUGGAAGCUGUGCGACUCAGGAAGGAAAACCAGAUCUACAGUGCUGAUGAAAAGAGAGCUUUGGCAUCAUUCAACCACGAAGAACGGAGCAAAAGGGAAGCGAAGAUUUUGUCUCAGUUCAGGUCCAUGGUUCAUGACAGGCUCAAGCAUUGA